AAAACUACUACCAAAUCGAGGGAUAAAAGUGUGGAGAUUCCAUUCCAUUUCCAUCUACGUCUCCGUGCACAUAUAUAUCAGCAUCGCUAUUCACCAGUGAGCGCGCCUUUGGACGCCACUUGUACCGGAGAUUCCACGUCCAUAUCACAUUCACUUGGUACAAGUGGGCUGGAUUUAACUGAGGGACCCUGUUCUUCAAGAUCCCUGAAGAUUUUUCAAGGUCCUUGGGUGCUGCUGACAUCUUGUUUACAAGAAAAUAAGCCUCUUCAGUUCCUUAAAGAUUGAUCGUUUAUUUUUAUAUGUAAGUGGUUGCAGCUGAGUUCAUUUCUUUUGCGUUGGUAUCUGCGGUUUGUGCAGAUGGGUGACGUGGCUAAGGACUUGACUGCUGGCACAGUUGGAGGAGCAGCACAGUUGAUAUGUGGGCACCCUUUCGACACCAUCAAGGUCAAACUGCAAAGCCAACCAGUGCCACUACCUGGUCAGCCUCCUAAGUUCUCUGGAGCAAUAGAUGCCGUGAGAAAGACUGUAGCAGCUGAAGGUGCAGGGGGGCUGUUCAAAGGUAUGGGCGCCCCACUUGCUACUGUUGCAGCUUUCAACGCCGUACUUUUCUCAGUAAGAGGACAGAUGGAGGCAUUUUUAAGGUCAGCACCUGGUUCUCCGCUGACAAUUGAACAGCAAAUUGUUUGUGGAGCUGGGGCUGGAGUUGCUGUCUCCUUCUUGGCCUGCCCAACUGAAUUGAUCAAGUGCAGAUUGCAAGCCCAGAGCGCACUAGCAGAUGUUGGCUCAUCUGGCGUUGCAGUAAAGUAUGGGGGACCUAUGGAUGUAGCAAAGCAUGUUCUUCGAUCAGCAGGUAUGAAGGGUCUGUUCAAGGGAUUGGUGCCAACAAUGGCGCGUGAAAUUCCAGGAAAUGCUGCUAUGUUUGGUGUAUAUGAAGGCCUAAAGCAAUACAUAGCAGGAGGUCAAGACACAUCAAAACUGGGACGAGGCUCUUUAAUGUUAGCAGGAGGCUUUGCUGGAGGAGCAUUUUGGAUAUUUGUAUACCCUACUGAUGUGGUGAAGAGUGCGAUUCAGGUUGAUGACUACAAAAAUCCAAAAUAUUCUGGCUCAAUUAAUGCUUUUAAAAAGAUCUUAGCUUCAGAAGGUGCCAAAGGGCUGUACAAAGGUUUUGGUCCUGCCAUGGCUCGAAGUGUUCCUGCAAAUGCAGCAUGCUUUUUGGCAUAUGAGGUGACAAGGUCUAGUUUGGGGUGACUGUUUCGACUGACUUGUUGGAUGGCCAUCAGCUAUGCCCUUACUGUUCGCGAUCAUAAUCCAGAUUCUUUAAUCUAUAUUAUCUUGUAAGUUUGCCCAAAAUUCCCUUUUAGGUUCUGGCUAAACUAUACAGAUGUUAUAAAAAUCAACUUAAAUUUCUAUUAUUUGACUGGAAUUUUCACAUAUAAUCACGACAUAAUUUAAGAUAUAGAAGUGUCCCUUUUCAAGAAUGUGAUUUCUUAACUGUUGGAUUAGGUGUUCGCGUUCAGGCCAAUGUUACUUAUUUUCAUAUACUUUUGGAAU